GCCAUGAUCCAAGUUGACUUCCUGCCUGUACUCUCUCAAUCCGACAUAGAGCAAGCCGCUUUCUUAAUUCAGAGCGCAUAUAUUCCCGGGCAAGAUGUCGAAGAGUCGCGACGGAUGCAGCAGCAGCUGUUUGAGAUCCAGAAGCGGCCAGAAGCGUGGGGACUUGUCUUGCCGUUGCUUGACCACCCGGACCCGAAUGUGGAGUUCUUUGGUGCGCAUACCGCACAGGUGAAGAUCGUUCGCGAUUGGGACUUGUUUCCGAAGGAACAUGCUCUUCAGCUUGCUUUCGUUUUGCUUGCGGCGUGUAGUCGAAUUAUUGCAGCGGGCAAGAGCAAGGUUACGCUUAGGAAACUCUUCGUCUCGGUCACCUCUCUUGCGCUCAAACUUGUUCCUGGCCGGCCAUCUCAAUGGCCUGACUGGAUACUGUCUGUCAUGACAACACUUUCCGGCAGUGGCGCCCGUUCUGAGCACGUCUUAGAGUUCCUUGAAAUUGCUGCAGAAGAGGUUGGCUCGUCUGACAUGACUUCUGCGAGCAAAACGCAAAUGCAGCAGUCGAUGCGUGAUGCUGCGCCUCUUGUGACGGAGUCCGUCAGGAGCACGUUAUUGUCGAGCACAGCAACGAAAACCGAAAAGGACGCUGCGUUCAAAUGUUUAGAAGCAUGGAUAUCGACUUUUAAUGCAAAUGACCUCACUUCACUCAUUCCGAUACUCAUCCAAUUAUUGUCACAUGAGGAUACAUUUGUCGGAGCAUCUGACGUUUUACAGGAAAUUCUGAGUUCGUCAUCAUUUUCAGACGGCUCGGGCGUCAAAACUUUGACGGAGCCACUACUUGUCUUCCUUGAAACUGGUGGAGCUGCUAUUGUACAACAAACACUUUCUACUGGAGAAGUCGAUGAGAUUUCGCGUUCCCUAUGCAAGCUUCUUGUCGCUCUCGGGGAGCACUCCAUCAACUACAUCGCCACGCAUCUCUCGCAACCUCGCGUACAAACCUUUGUGCGCCUCUUAUUCUCAUACACUGCACUCCCUGGAUCGUAUGGAGUCGAUGAAGACGAAAGUGAGAUGACACUGAGCUUUUGGUAUCUCCUCCAAGAAGCCCUUUGGACUGUCGACUACGGAGACGAUCUCGCGGAGGCUGCGCUUGAAGAUUGGGCAGAAUCCGUGCAAGGGGGCGGUACGUCUCGACAGGGUUCUGUGGAGCCGAGUCGACCCGAUUAUGGCGCUGCGACGCCUAUUUAUACCGAGCUUGUGCAAGUGUUGAAACGGAAGGUAACAUGGCCGGAGAAAACAGAGCUUGCUAGGUGGACGAAAGACCAGAUUGAUGCAUUCCAAGUAUAUCGAAGAGACGUUGGAGAUACUUUAAUAAAUGCAUUUUACAUCCUUCGAUCCGAUAUGCUGAAAAUCUACGUCGAGGAGCUUGUUGCGUCGCUCAACUCGCGGCGGCAAAGCGAUGGGUGGGAAAAUGUCGAGGCGAUCCUUCACUGUAUCAUGUCGGUGCAAGAAGCGGUCGAUAUCUCGCCCAACACGCAUCUGGAGCGAGUCUUCGGUCCAGAAGUCAUUGGUCGAUUACCUCGAAGUGGGCAUGAUCGAGUGCGAAGGACAGCCCUUGGCCUUAUAGGUGCCUACGCAACUUGGUUUACGGUGCCCAUUGAUAAUAGAUAUUUGCUGGGAGCUUUGAGCUAUGUCGCCGAGGCAUUAGACGAGUCUACACUAUGUCUACCCGCUGCGAACGCGCUGCGGGAGUUGUGUGAUGCGAACCGUGCGAAGCUGGCUGACCAUAUUGCGGAGUUCGGACAACUCCACGCACGAUUACCGAGUAUACCUGACUCUGAAAAGGCGAAGAUUGUCCAGUCAAUAGCGAGUGUGAUACAGGCGCUACCUCCAGAGCAAGAGAUUGAGCCAGUCAAUGCCAUUGUCAGCCCUGUGGUGUCGAGACUCUCAGAAGCGUUGUCUACCGCGACUCAACUUCCGGAAGAAGCUCGAGCACUAGCAAUACAACAACUUCAGACCCUUACUGGCUGUGCCAAAGGACUAACACGGACAUCCGACAUACUCUUCGCUUACGAUGACGAUGCUGAUAAGGCGGAGAUGGAGAAAAUGCAGCAGGCUAGGGAAGACUCUCGAAUGCGCAGUCUUCGUGAAGGAAUCAUUCAGGGUACGCAAGGUGUCAUGUUACAAUGGUCGACAGAUGCCUUGACCGCAGAUGCCCUCAACGGUUUGAUUGUUGCAAUCACUGCUCUACCAGCCGAUAUGACGCUGCUGAGUCUGCCUCCAGCUCCAUUAUUACAGAUCGUUUGUGGGGCAAUGCAACGACAUCCAAAUGCUGUGUGGCUAUCGCUUGCAGCAAUGCUCAUACAUCAGCUUGACCCACCCUCGUUGACAUCACUUCUAGCUGUACCGUCCUCAGAGGCGAAGGAGACAGUAUUGACUGCGCUUCCUAUUAUUCUUGAUUCAUGCCUGAGGUAUCUGCAGCCGGAUGGUGCCAUGGAAGCGAAUCCAGAUAUUGUGCAAGCAUUCUUUGGGUGUAUGGAAAUGGUCUCGCAACAUUUUGCUGGAUUGUUCUUCCAGUUACCACAGGGCGCCGUGGAGGCUCUCAUGCAAUGUUCAGUGAAAGCCUUGACUUUGCAAGAGCGCUACUCGCUCGUAGCUGCAUGCAAGUUCUUGGUAUAUCUUAUUCAACGGACUGUAUCUGUUGAGUCGUUGGAAGAACAAGGACGUGCGCUUGUCCGAACUCAUUUUCGACCUGUUGUCCGGGCAGUGCUGUGUGGCAUUGGGGGUAGCUCGCCGACGUCGACGGCGCAGAACCUCGUUGACUUGCUCCUAGCGCUCGUGACUCGCUGUCCAAACGAAUGUAAGGCAUGGGUGCCUGAAAUCUUAUUUUCUGACGAAGAGUUCAUCCCGACGAAAGCGCAACGACCGGAUAAGGAGAAGUUCGCAAAGGCGGUACUUUCUUCCCGAUCAACAAAACGGAUGCGAGAUGCAGCACAACAGUUCGCACUGGUUGCGAAGGGUCUUGAGGGGUCUAAUUUUGGGUAUGCGUCUGUGACGAUGUGAACGAGACGAUUUGGGAUGAGGCAAGGCGAAAUGCAUUUACCCCCGGUCAUUUGAGUCUUGAUAUAAAAUGUUAUUGGCUUAUUUGGUGAAGUGUAGAUGUGGGGAAAGAUCUGUAAUGUUGCUUUUCUUGUAUGACCUGUUGUGCUUGUGGAGUUGUAUAGAUAUUGAGAUAGAAAUCCUUGACUU